CCGACCGACUCACUCCGCUUUUGCACGCUGACACGGAACUUCUUUGCAGCUCAUCCCCUGAUAUAACACCCAAACUCUACAAUGGCUGCGCUCUACACCGGUGCACCUCCGCAAGGCGGCCCAGGCUACUCGUUCAAGCAAACCCCCACAGCGGUUCCGUCAGGCGAACGGCAACAUGGCUUCUACCCCUACACCGACAACGGAGGUUCGACGCUGGGCAUCUCUGGCGCCGACUUCGCCAUCCUAGCGGGCGACACCCGUUCGACGUCGGGCUACAACAUCAACACACGGUACGCACCGAAGCUGUUCAAGAUCGGCGGCGAAGGGUCAGACAACAAGGGAGCCAGGAUAGUGCUGUCGGUUGUUGGCUUCGCGGCCGACGCCCAUGCGUUGAAGGAGCGUCUCGACACCAUUGUCAAGAUGUACAAGUACCAGCACGGCAAGCCCAUGACGGUUUCGGCAUGCGCACAGCGACUCAGCCACAUUCUGUACAACAAGCGAUUCUUCCCUUACUACGUACACGCUAUCUUGGGUGGCCUGGACGAAGACGGCAAGGGUGCGCUGUACUCGUAUGAUCCGGUCGGCAGCUACGAGAGGGAGCAAUGUAGGGCAGCUGGUGCGGCGGCAUCGCUCAUCAUGCCCUUCCUGGACAACCAGGUCAACUUCAAGAACAUGUACGAGCCAGGCAGCGGUGUAGGCCACGAGCUCCAGUCGAAACAAGCACAGCCGCUGCCGCGGGACCACGUCGAGGAUCUGGUCCGGGAUGCGUUUACAAGUGCGGUUGAGAGGCACAUUGAGGUCGGUGACGGCCUGCAGAUGAUGAUUAUCACGAGCGAGGGCAUAGCCGAGACGUACACGCCACUCAAGAGGGAUUAAGCGUGUGCGGGGGCGGUGAUCUGGGUGAUCUGGGUGAGGAAAUUCACGAACAUGAUGACUUGAAGAGUGCAGAGCAACAUGUACGAAUAGCAUAACACUUGCUAGAUUAUGGUAAGGACCUAAUCCUUCUACCAAUGACAAGGCAGGUUCAAAACCA